AUCCCCUACACCGACAUCUUCAUCGUCCGGUUUAUACGUACUUCCGGUUAUGGAGUCAUGGCAAUAUGACAACAAACUGUCGUGAUCAGGAAUAGCAGACAUGUAGUUUGUGACUCUGUCCCGCAAAGCUCAGCAUACAGAUUACAAUGAAAUACAGCUGAUGUAAGAUACUGACAGCGGAUUGUUGUGUCAGUGGAACACAGGAACAGCAAUGGGGGUGGCAUCCUCGUCCUUACAGUCCCUGCUUGUCAACCAGAGAGGCAGUGAGAAGUGUUACCCAUGUGUGCCCUUCAGACCCUGUCCCCCUGGCGUCCACACUCUCACAGAACAAGGCCUGAUGGUGUCCUUCAAGGCUCUACCUCCAGUUCUAGCAAGAGGCACCGAGACCGCUGAUACCAUCUGGUGGACCAGUGCCCAGUUCCUGCCCUACAGCGACCGCCACCUGGCCGUCACCACCACCCCCUACACAUUCCGCGUCAACCGCCCCUGGCUGGUCGCCACGAAGAUGCCGGCAGGAAAGAUUUUCUUGUACGACAUAGGCAGAAAACCCUUAGGCUGUGUACACUUCAAGGGAAUAUCCAGCACUACACAGCCAACAAUUCAACCUCACCCACUCGGAGAGUAUAUUGCAUACAUUCCAAGCUCUGCAGGGGUCAAGGUCAUUGGUUUCAACAAUGAACAUGUAUAUGAACAACCUGCAUCUUUUGUUGGAGGGAGCUGUAAAUAUUUUGCCAUUGCACCUAAUGGGAUUAAUCUUGCAACUAUUUUCCGAGGUCAAAACUUUUAUUUCAUCCAAUUAAAUCUUUUCAACAAUUUCGGAGUAAGCCGACCAGAAGACCUGAAGUGCCACCUGCUUUGCCCGGGCUUUGUUGGCGACCGACUUUUCAAUGACAAGGUGGAGUGUAGAUGGUCCGCAGACAGCCGAUUCCUCGCUGUGGGUUCAUAUUGUUCUGGUUCAGGAAAACUGUUUGUUCUGGAUAAGAACAGUCUAAAGAACAUCUGUACUGUGUAUCCCGAUCUACUGGAACAUUCGAUCAGUUCCGCAUCCAGCUUUGAAUUUGAUCCUCGACCCAAUUACUGGAGGCUUGCUGUGGCAACUACCAAUGAAUGUAUCCAUAUUGUUGAUGUAAAUAAGUGUGAAAUUUUACAAACGAUUAAUGAAGGUAGUGCUCGAAUGCCAAUAAACUGUAUUCAGUACAAUAAUCAAGGGACAAUGCUUGCAGUUGGGUACGAGACUGUCGAGAUCAAGAUCUUUGAUCCGGAUACAGAGGAACUGCUGCAUGUGAUCGAUGUAAAGGAUGGGGAUGAGAAGCUACAAGCUAAUGUGCCGUGUCACACAAGCCUGGCGAUCAUGAGGUUGAGUUUUAACUGGAGCGGGACUCUGUUGGCGUCGAGCGUCUGUGACGGCAUGGUUCGCGUGUGGACUGUGCCAGGCAUGUUCAGUCUACAGCGGUUCUGCAAACUUCAGAUUCUCAGUUUGGUGCCAGUCAGGAAAGUUAAAACACUGAAACUACCCGAAAAAAUCAAACACUUUUUGUUGUCACCCUAAAAUAUCUGCUUGUUUCUUCACCACUUACCAGUGUUUGUGACAGAUAUGAUGUGGAUGUAAGGUCUGUUAACCCUUAAGGCCAAGUAUGUGUCAAAAUACAUAACUGUGAUCAUUGCGAGGUUACAGUUACCUGCUCUUCGAGGUUCAACCUCAUCAUCCUUUAUUAUCAUCAUUCAAGUAUCUAGUGCAAUGUUGGGCAUUGCCAGCACCUGACCACAGAGACAAAAGCUUUUGUAGUACUGUCAGGAACUUUAUUCAAACGGUUUAUGUUCUACCAAUCGUGCAAGUUUUUCAGAGUCCAUUGGAGGAUGAAAAUCAAAUAGGACACAACCACAUUUUUUGUUUUUCAAAUUGUCUUUGUAAGGAUUUCAGAGGAAAAAAAUUGAAAAUGAAACAUGUCAGAGUCAAUUUUACGUAUUUCUAAAUUAAUAAAUAUAAACAUAUAUGUGAGGUUUGACUGACUGGUACGUCAGUUUGUCAGCUAAUGUAUUGCUAUGGUUAUGAAACCUGACUUCAUAAAAUAGGUCAUCAUGUACUUGGAUUUGAUCUGUCACAAAACCGUGAUUUCACCAUAUUUUCGUGUAUUUAAAGGGCAAGUAAAGUCAACAUAAAAUACUUUGCAGACUUUAAUACUUUAGGGCAUAGUUCAUUACAAACGCUUGACCAAAAAUACAUUUGAAAAAUCGAAAUAGCGUAAAACAGACAAUAAAAAAAACGACAGGAUAAAUCGUCCCCCUAACAAAAAAUUCAUCCAUUGCAGGGACCCUGCAGGGUUAAAACGGGUUCCUGGUUUUUGAGGCGCUGUGCAAUUUCAAAGAUCAUGACGAUCAGGCUGACGCACAGUCUGCCUGCUUCUGCCUCGGGUUUUGUGAUACACAACAUCUUUUGUCUGCUCAUCCAUUUGAUUACCGUGUCCUCAACUUAUGCCACCUUAGUAACAACACUAAAGAUGCCUUAUGUUGUUUACACCAAGGAUUAAUUCCUGACAGGCAUUUGUUGUGUGGGAUAGCUGGUGUUUAAUUACCCAAACAGGCAAGCAUUAUUCACAAUGUCAAGAUCAAGGGUCAUUUAACACAUUCAACAAUGUAUGUAAUGUUGUUAUUUUGUGAGGAUUAACAGAAAUAGCAGGAACAGUAUAUCUAUAUUGGCUAAGAAUCACAAGAUAGACAAACGCACCCAACAUAUCAGCCAAUAGAAACAGCUGCGACAUUUGCUUACGGCCACGCCCCUAAAUAGGUUCUUUUUUUGGAAACUGAUUACGGAGCGUGUGAUUUCAGCACUUUCACUUGGACAUUUAAAUACUUUCUACAAAUAUCAUGAAUUUCUCUCUCUGGGAAAUGACUUAAUGUACCUAGGAACACUGAUAUUCAAACUAAAUCUCCAUCAUUUCUUUCACUUUACUUGCCCUUCAAGUCAUAAAUACAUGAAGAUGUCCAUCAAAAAUCAAAACAGGAACUGACCAUUUUGCCUUUAUAUACAUCUGUGACAAGUACAGAAAACUAUGUAUUCUGACAUCUAUUUGGUGCAAAACCGAGGGUUAAUCCAUAAUUGUUUCCUUUAUUGACAGGCUAGAUUACAGACAAUCUGAGGGAUUAAUGUCAGCCAUGGGACUCUGUCUAAUCUGACAUGUUCCAAUGGUGCUGAGCUGUGUCGUAUUACACACAGUCUACUGUAGUUAAAACAUCUCAAAUAUCACUUCUUUGCCGACACUGGUUAUUUGCAUGCAGCUAUUUCCUGUAUUACAACUCACUAACAAGG